ACACACACACACACACACACACACACACACUCAUACACACAUACACACCGUCGGGUACAAUAGAAGAGACGAGCUCGCCAAGGAGUAAAAGUCUGCACUCAUUUCUACUAUAUUUUACCAGGGUUCGUGAAUGUGACGCGACGACACUGAAAUAUAACGCCGACCCGAUCAUUCAAUUGUUCCUGCAAAUGAACAGCUAGAGGUAGGCUGAGUGCAGUGAUGUCCAGAUCCACAAAAUCAGCCUCGAGAUCUCGGAGCCGCUCGAGGUCCAGGUCAAGAUCCCGUUCCACCUCCCGCUCCAGGAGUCGCUCCAGGUCUCGGUCCAGGAAGCACCGUUAUAGCUCUAGAUCUCGGUCUCGGUCAAGGUCAAGAUCAAGAUCAAGAUCAAGAUCUUAUUCUCCAUCCUAUAACCGGGAGAAGAAAUAUCCGCGAGGUUACCAGAACAAUCGGGAGUUCCGGGGCUAUCACCGCGGCUUCCGUAGGCCUUAUAACUUCAGGGGUCGAGGACGGGGCUACUUCCCACGUGGACGCUACCAACGAGGGGGACGUGGCUACAAUAACAACAACUAUCAACAGAACUGGAAGAAUUUCAGGCAGCAUCCUCAAAAACAGCAACAAAAUCAUCAGAAACAACAACAACAGCAUUGGCAACAGCAACAGCAGCAAAACCAUUCACAAGGACGCUCUCAGAAACACUGUGGGAGCUCCCCUCAUGGUCACUCUCACCAGUCCGACAAAUCCUGUUCUCCUUUAUCCAGACACUCGCAGCAUUCUUCUGCCUCAUCACACUCCUCCUCUCCUAAAUGCAGGCCGGCCUCGCUGCUCGCUAACCAAACCUCAAAAGAUGUGAAAGAUGAGCAGCUGGCUUCCAAGGACGUUCAAAAGGGAGGAGAGGGAGAGGAUGAGUCAGGGGAGCGUGUUGAGUUAUUGGCAGGAGAUGAUAGAGAAGGUGCUGGCGGUGGGAAAACUGAGGGGAACUGGAAAGGCCUGACAAACUACAGCAGCAGUCCAAAGAAAAGCAGUCCGCUGGCAGGCUCUGCUGCUACUGUUGGUCAGAGCAGCCAAACGGCUAACCAGUCUAGCCCCACUAAAAACACAGGCAUCACACCCAAUGGCACCCCCACCUGGCAGAUGGUGUGUGGUUCAUCCUCGACUAAAAAACCUUCAAAUGAGGGUCUAAAUCAAAUCCUUUCCAGCUUUGACAUCUCCAAAGAAGACUACCUGGAUAGAGAUAAAACAGCAAUCUCCAUUGCAUUCAGGAAGUUUUGGGAGGAAGCUAAAGCUAAAGCUAAAUCUUCUUCAGAAAAUGCCAGGAACGCAGAAGCAAACUGUAUGGAUAUGGAACAAGAGAAAGUAAAUGGCAAAGCUUCUGUAGUUGUCUCUGAUUCUGUAUCAAGAAAAUACAAAGAGGAUAAUGAUGCUGGAGUGUCUCUGAACAGCUUUUUCAAAGCCUCACCAUUUCUGUCUGCUGAUGGGGAAGAAGAGGAUGAGAUGAUCAUUAAGCCUCAAUUAAAAUCACUUCCAAAAAAUUGGAAUAAUGGAGAAGUGUCCUGUAAGCCAAAGACCAAGGUCGCUCCAUCAGCCCGAGAACAGUUUGAAGAGUGCUUUGCGAAAUGGCAGAAGUUUGCUAAUAGUGACAAAGAUGCCACGGCAGAGGAGCUUUAUCUCAGUGGAAAGCAGGAUAAAACAGCAGCCAUUGCCGCUGCCAAAAGGGAGUUUACGGGAAAAUUCAAAGAACUGUCCCCAGACUUGAUUUGUAAAGCCAGGAAGACGGCAGAAUCUCCAUCUAUCCCAUCUCCUACACCACCAUUGCGGAGGAACUCUGACAGAGACACGUUUGAGGUCAGAGUAGAGGACCCGCCUGUCAUGUCCUCAAGAAAACAGGAAGCAAAAUGUAAUGUUAGAAUGGAUUUCCUUGGAGAUAGCCUGAUAAGUUCUUCAGAUAUUUUAGCUGAAGAGCGACAGUUGUCUCAGGACCUUGUGCAGUCCUCUAAAAAGGAUCAGGAGUUUCGCUCCAUUUUUCAGCAUGUAAAGGCUGCACAGUCACAAAGAAGUCCCUCUGAGAUGUUUGCUCAGCACAUUGUCACCAUUGUUCAUCACAUCAAAGCUCAGCACUUUCCAUCUUCUGGCAUGACUCUAAAUGAGCGAUUCACCUUGUACCAAAGACAAGCUGCAGAGAAGGAAAUGAUGAAGCCAAGAAAAAGUCCAGAGAUACACAGGCGAAUUGAUGUUUCACCAAGUGCUUUUAAGAAACACCCUCAACUUUUUGAGGCGAUGAAAAGCUCAGAGGAUGGCACUUACAAGGAUGGAGGGGAAAAAAUCAAGGGUGACCCAAUGGACCUUCGCUUGGAUAUUGAACGCCGUAAAAAAUAUUCCACCCAUGAACGAUAUUAUAAUGAGGAUCAGGGAAGAGAUGUGGGAGAUUCCCCAGAUUCUAGCAGAGAGAGAUCUGUGGAAAACUUCUAUAAAUACCACAAGAAAUCAAAGAAAAGCAAGAAGAAGAAGAAACGUUCUCGCUCCAGUUCAUCCUCAUCUUCCUCAUCCUCCAAAUCUAACAAAGAUGAAGGUUUACCCCAACAGAAACCUGAUUCAAAAAAUGGAGACUUUAAUAAAAACCGACUGGGCCAAAGGGAAUCAUCGGGUUCCGCUGAAAGUGGACAUCCACAUGGAGGAUUUCAAGUAAGAAUACGUGGAAGGAACUGGAGCAAAGGGAACUAUCAGGGUAACAUUUCACACAGUAAUCCUGUAAGCACGGUUGUACACCAAAAAAGUGAAGACUGGGACCCAGAAUAUACUCCCAAGAGCAAAAAAUAUUACUUGCACGAUGACAGAGAUGAAGAAUCAGAAUGCAAGUGGACAGACAAUCGAGGUCGAGGGAGGGGGAGUUUUACUCGCGGAAAAGCGAGAUUCCUUAUCCGCAAAGCCACUGGGGGCCCCAAUAUCAUCUAUCCAAAAUGGGGCCUCGAUAAGUUCCAGGUCAAUGAGGAGCAAGGUGGCAUGCAGAGAGAAGAGACAGAACAGGACCAUAAAAGGGCAGAAGUUGGUGGAGAGAACAACUGAGCAGCAAAGGAAUCUGCAGAAAAUCUCUUUUGUGUUCUCACAAGAUCUGACUGAGUGAUUUUAUCCAAUGGAUCAAUAAAUGCAGAUUAAAUGUUUUAAGCUAUUCCUAUGAAACAUAUUACUUUAAUUUCACUUCUUCAAACUUGACACAACCAUUUCCUACAUCAAGACUAGUAAAAGCGCUGUUUAAGAGUGAAAUGCAGUUUCUUGUCAAGUUUAAAUUUUUAUGCUUUUGCUUUAUUUUGGUAAAUUAAAAUCUCUUUCAUGCAGCAUUAUAUUAACCUCCUAAGACCCGAACUAAGACUCUUUCAUGGCAUGCAUUUUUUAUUUCUCUUUACUAUGUGACUUUAUAGUGUUCUAUCAAACACUAUAAAGUCACGAUUGAGUAAUUAUGUGCAAAACUCUUUAUUUGGUGUCUGAACACAACAGCAUAUGUCCUGAGUGCAAAAACAACAUGAGAAACAACAAUUAUGCCACUUUGAGCAAUAUGGCUCAUUUGAAAGAGCAAAAUUUAGUAUUGUGGUCUAGACACCCCAAAAUGUGAUGUCCCCAUAUGUGGACGCCAGGUCCUAGGAGGUUAAUAUUUACACUUUUUUGGUUAGGAUGGUUAGAAAAUAAAUUAACACAAAAAAGAACUGCACAUUUUUGAUCAAAUCAGCUAGGCAACAAGAUAAAUUAUUGUACUGCAAAUAUAUUAAAAUAUAAUUUAAUUUACAAACAGUGACUAUAUGUUAUGUUUUUAUGAGCUUUGUCUCAGCAAUAAGUAUGUUGUUCAUGAUGACAUAAAACACCACAGUCCAGCCAAUUUGGCAGAAAUAACACUGAUCUGACAAUGGGACCAAACUGCACAGGGUCAUAGAUUGUGCCCUGCAGUCUGUCAUUAUACAGCAUACAACUAUUUUACAGCACGAGCUAAAAGCCUUUUAACAAGCUUGUGAAACAUUUUACUAUCCGACUAGUAGCUUUAGCUUGUUUUUGGAUACCACUUUAGUGUAUAAUAUUGAUAGUGAUUUUCUUUCUGCAAAGAGUUUAAUUUUGGUUUUUGUACUUGGCCACGCAGGAUUUUGACUUCGAUUGUAACAGAGAAUUUGUUUUUACUGCAAUAGAUUGUAUUUUCAUUUUUAUGUUUGCAAGCUUUUAUUCAGCCAAACAGGUUUUAGCAGUGAUGCUAACUGUGUGCAACUGUCAACGCAAUGAGAGAAGUAGUUAAACAUUUUAGUCUAGAGUUUACAGGAAAAAAGUCUAUCCAAGUUUGUAAAACAGAAGAAGAAUGUUUAUUCUGUGCAUAUCGAUGUUAUUUGUUUUUAGGCUCAUUUAUGCAAGUGCAAGUAUACCUUGCUGUGAGUGCACUGGUCUUACUUGCGUAUAUUAUAGGCCUACAGAUUAAAAUUUUAAGGUUGACUUCUUAGGGAAUAUUGCAUAUUUUAAAUAGUUGUGGUCACUGUUUGUUUUUGUUUGUUUUUUUCUUAGAGACUGUAAAUUAAAGAAACACUGAUUACUUUGA